GAAGCAACAGUACCUAGUAAAUACGCCGGUCGCAGAAACACCCACAAUUUCAGCUAUAAUAACGAAUGUCUGCUCCUUAAAACGACACACAUAGGCACAGAAGAGGUCAGCUAUAUAAAGUGCAGACAAGGCGUCACGUUUCCACAAGGACGAUGUUUUACGAGCUGUGGCGUUAUUUUUUUCUACGUGUCUGCGUGCGGCGCAAGAGUCCAGUUCGGUUUUUACGUGAAGCUCCAAAAAUCUAUGAAAUGUGUUUGCAUGUUCUUCUCCGCGAGCAGGGAUGUAGAGGUGGGAUAGCAAGAAUCGAAAGGUUGGAGCCCAUACGCUCGCCUCCGAGAAAGUACGUUUUACCAUAAUUUAUCAUUCCGUUUCCCUUGCGCGUAUUUCUGGCGAGGGUUUAAAUAAUUCUACUGGGUGAGAAUUUGAUUUUUCCCUCUUUUUGACAUCAAUCCCCGCAGCAGGAACGGAGACGGACCGCUUGGACAGUGGGUUCCCUCCCCUCCGCUCGGAUCUGCUUUGCUUUCAGUUCGCAGUCAGAAAGAUGCGGCUGGGGGCGGGGCUCUAGAGCGCAGUCCAGCACCGUGGGGGCUUCUCAUUGGCUGAUUCUUCAGAGGGGGGCAGGCGGCACUCACACCCGGGGGCCCCCGUGAUCGGACGUCGGGCGCGGGCGGGGCGGACGGACGGACGGGCGAUGUCGGUCGGACGCGGGGAGUCGGAGAAGGCGCCCUGCGGGGAGGACCGCGACCCCGUGGCGGCCCCGGAGAGGCGGAACCGCAGCGGCAUCAUCAGCGAGCCGCUCAGCAAGAGCCUGAAGAAGUCGCGGGCGCUGUCCCAGUACACCGCCACCUGCUCGGCCGCCAACGGACUGUCCCGCAACGGCGUGGCCGCGCCCGCCUCCCACCGGCAGGGCUCGGGCGGGGCGCGGGCCGAGCGCGUUUCGGAACUGGCCCUGGAGGGGCAGAACGGGCUGCACUUCGCCCAGGCGGCGGAGAUCCUCAAGCGGGCCGGGAUGCUGCUGCCGGGGGAGCAGGGCACGGGGUCCGCCGACCUGGAGGCCGUCUCCGGGGGCGACGGCGUGGGGAGCCCGGCGGACUUCCCCUACCUGGGCGGCUUCCCGUUCAACCCCGGCCUCUUCAUCAUGACGCCGGCCGGGGUGUUCCUCGCCGACAGCGCCCUGCACAUGGCCGGGCUGGCGGAGUACCCCGCGCAGGGCGAGCUGGCGUCCGCCAUCGGCUCGGGGAAGAAGAAGCGCAAGCGCUGCGGCAUGUGCCAGCCCUGCCGCCGGCGCAUCAACUGCGAGCAGUGCAGCAGCUGCCGCAACCGCAAGACCGGGCACCAGAUCUGCAAGUUCCGCAAGUGCGAGGAGCUCAAGAAGAAACCGUCCGCUGCUCUGGAGAUCUGGUGAACAUGAGACGUGCCUAAUCCCUCAGAAGGUGAUGUUGCCGUCAGGAGCCGCAUUCCGAUGGUUCCAGUAGGACUCCGCCCCCAAAGCUCUGUCAUCAAGUGCAAUGCCCCCCUCCCCCGCUCACCUGGAUUAUCUAUGGCAUGGAUAUUCCUGCUGAAAACAAAACAAAAACAAAACGAAACAAGUGUACGGAACAAGACAAAAAGAAUAAAAAUAAUGGAUGCACCUACUUUUCUCCUGAACCAAAAAUAAACAUUACGAAGUCUACGGCAACUCUCAUUCCUUUUUUUUUAUGUUCGAUUUUGGUACCCUUUUGUCCUUUUUCAAAAAAAGCGUUUCAGUCACUUUCACACGGAACUGUUAAAUUGCCAAACGGAAAAAAAAAGUCUGACUGAGAGAGGACAAUCAACAGAUCUCUGUGUUUGGUGUAUAUGUUGUUCAUGUGUGGAAAGAUAAAAAAAAAAUAAAGUACUUGUGUAGAGAAUGUAAAUUUUACGGCUAUAUUUUAAAACCUAGUGACUAAUGACAAGCACUAUUGUAAUUUAGCACCAUUGUUCUUACUUACCACCUCCUGUAUUUUUGAUUGGUUCUUUUUUUUUGUCAUAAAUCUAUAGUUUUGCAAUUGCUCAAUGUUUGUUAUUAAAAUCUAAAAAAGGACAAAAAAAAAAAACGACUUUUGAGAUGUAGCAUCCCGUUUUCUGACCGAAGUUUUCUGGGAGGAUGCUCUGGUUCCUCCACCCAUUGGCCCUAAUUUUACCCGGCCCCAGUUUGGGUGACAUCAUCAUUAGCCAAUAGCUGGAAGCUAACUACAGCCCAAAAGCUUCCUUCUCUGCCAUUUUGAUGGAUUUUUAUUUUGUGAAACUGGCGACCUCGUGUUCCCCUGAUUUUCUACAGAGGGCUGUGGUUCUGAUGGGGUCCGGUUCUGUCCAGUCCAGGGGACCUGGUACCGGUCCCUUCCAAGCUUAAGCACUGACAGAAUCUCAUUUUCUCAUGAUGCUACCAGACCUACAUCUUUAAAAAAACAAAAACAACAAAAAAAAAGAAACAGUGAUGUUUGUAUUCAUUUAGAAAUUUGGGCUGGUUUUGUGAAUAAAAAUGAAUGCAUGUAUUUGUGUCAAAAAUUUACAGUUCUGAAGUCUGCGUUUAUGCAUGGUGUAUUUUGAUUUUACAAAAUAGGUAAUUAUUGCUGACAACAAAAACAUCAUCAACAACAACAAACAAAAAGACGCAGUAUGAAUAUUUCUCAGUUUGUUCCCAUUUUAUAAUAUAUGGCUUCACUUCACGUGAGUAAGCCAAAGUGAUUGGCAAUAUUAAAAAGGUUAAUGGAAUAUGUAAUUCUAUUUAUUUUGGGUGCUGACGGUAAUUUUAUAAUUCAGUGAUAUUAAAAGAAAUGUGAAAAUGA